AUGGUCGACUCUUCCGCAGCCAUCCGCCGGGGCCACCCCAUCAGCUUCCUGCUGUUCACCUUUGUCGCCUUCAUCGUCGCCGUGAUUGCCUCGACGCUGGUGGCCGACUACAACUCGAACGGCAACGCGCCAACCAAGGGCAUCGAGAACGCCACCCGCUUCCUCCUCUUUGCCGGCUGGUGGGGCUUCCUCAUCGGCGCCGUCUACGUAAGUGUGCUCGAACGCGCCGAGAUCCUGCCGGCAUCUGCUUUCGCAGCCAUCCGCAGGUGCGCCCACUCAACGAGCCAUGACUUUGACACUAACCAACGUUCCCCUUCUGAUGCCCCUCCCACUAAACAGACCGGUCUCUUCCUCGCCAGCGUCGGCGGCGUCAUCACCUCGAUCGCCGGCCACGGAGUCGCUCUCUUCCUCACCUGGAUCUUCUGGCUCGCCGGUGCCGCUGCUCUUACCGACCGCACCGGCGGCUCGUUCAACUGUGCCGACAAGGGCUACCCUUUCCCUUACUGCAACUCGACCAAGGCGCUCAUGGCUUUCGCCUGGAUCGGCUGGAUCAUCCUCACCCUCAUGUUUGCCGUCGUCGUCUUCUUUGGCGCGCGCGCCUUCUCCGGUGGCCGCUCCGUCAAGGAGUCGCUCGCAUAA